UGAAAUGUCAAAAAUUUGUGUUCCGUUGCUGUUGCUGGUUGCCUUUUCCUCCUUUCUGGCAAAAUUUAAUUAAUAUUGCCGAAACCGAAGAGAGUGUAAAGAAAUGUGAGCACAAAGCUUGUGAAUUUAAAUUUCAGAAAUGAUAAGACUAUCCCUAAAAGUCAUAAAAACACUGAGCAUAGUAAGUUUUUGGAUUUUAUUUCUUUUUAUAGUCUUUGUAUUAUCAAAGGGUAAAUCUCAUGAAGGUAAAGCAGUUGCAAAGCCUCUACACCAAAGCCAAGUUUUAAAUACAAAUGUAAGGGAAUUUCCACCAGAGCCAAAGAUUGACUUGCCACAUUUAAAAGUACAAAGUAAAAUAAUGGAGUCAAGCAAUAAUGACAUCACUCAAGAGCUGCUACGGGAGGUGAAAGAGGCUAAGGAUAAAAUUGAGAAAUUGCAGAAACAAAUUGCUAUAUUAGAAGGAAGAGUGCCACAAAAGUUUCCUGAAGUUAAAUAUCUUGGAUACAAAGAUCGAAAGAGAAUAUUAGUGACUGGUGGUGCAGGCUUUGUUGGUUCACAUCUUGUGGACAUCCUCAUGACACAGGGACAUGAAGUAAUUGUCGUAGACAACUUCUUCACAGGACGCAAGCGGAAUGUUGAACACUGGUUCGGCCAUCGCAACUUUGAACUGAUCCACCAUGACAUUGUCAACCCUCUGUAUGUGGAGGCAGACGAAAUUUACCACCUAGCCAGCCCAGCUAGCCCACCUCAUUAUAUGGAGAACCCGGUGAAGACAAUUAAAACUAAUACCUUAGGUACAAUCAAUAUGUUAGGUUUAGCUAGAAGAGUAGGUGCAAAGAUACUAAUAGCGAGUACAUCCGAAGUGUAUGGUGACCCCAUGGUGCACCCUCAGCCAGAGUCUUACUGGGGUCACGUGAACCCGAUUGGGCCCCGCGCGUGCUACGACGAAGGCAAGCGAGUGGCUGAGACCCUGGCCUAUUCCUACGCUAAACAAGAGAAGGUGUCGGUGCGGGUGGCGCGCAUCUUCAACACGUACGGGCCGCGCAUGCUGGCGUCCGACGGGAGGGUCGUCAGCAACUUCGUCAUGCAGGCGCUGCAGAACCUCACCAUUACUAUCUAUGGCAACGGCAAGCAGACGCGGUCGUUCUGCUACGUGUCGGACCUCGUGGACGGGCUGCUCUCCCUGAUGGCGUCUAAUUACACGCUGCCCGUCAAUAUUGGGAACCCCGUCGAGCAUACUAUAGAAGAAUUCGCGAUAAUAAUAAAGAAUCUAGUCCCGGGCUGCCGCAGCCUGGUGGAGUCUGGGGCGGCCGUGGAGGACGACCCGCAGCGCCGCCGCCCCGACAUCACCGUGGCAGAGACCAACCUGCACUGGUCGCCCAAGAUUUCCCUACAAGAUGGCCUUCAAAGGACUAUAGAAUAUUUCCGAGAAGAAUUAUCCAGACAUACAUUUUCUCAUGAUCAAACGUAUAUGAAUGUAAUAAAAAGUCCACCAAAAACAUGAUCUAAUAAACAGUUAACCUGCACAAAUGUGAUACCUAGUAAGUUAUUAAAAGUAUGUAAAUUUUAUUUUAUGUUUAAAAUACAAUGAUGUGUCAUUAAAUUUCAUACACUGUU